AUGCUGACUACACUCCUAAUUCCUUAUAUUUUCUCUAGUUUUCCUUCCAUCUUGUUCAACUUUUUAAGGGGAGAGGUUGGAAAAUGGAUUGCUAUCAUUGCAGUUGUAUUAAGGCUUUUCUUCCCCCAACAUUUCCCAGAUUGGCUGGAGAUGCCCGGUUCAUUAAUUCUUCUUCUAGUGGUUGCUCCGAACUUCUUUGCUCAUACGCUUAGAGACGACUUGGUCGGAGUUGCGAUAUGUCUUGCCAUUGGUUGUUACCUUCUGCAAGAACAUAUUCGAGCAUCUGGCGGAUUCCGUAACUCCUUCACAAAAAGCCGUGGCAUUUCAAACACAGUUGGGAUUAUUCUCUUGUUGGUGUAUCCCAUAUGGGCUCUGGUUGAUGCUGUACACUGUGCACUUGCAUGGUGCAGCCAGUUACAUAUUAGAGGAAAGUAA